GUGGAGGUCAGUUUUCUCUUUCCACCAUGAGGGUCCCGGGGACCAAUCCCAGUAGGGAUCACCUACUGAGCCAUCUUGUCAGCCCAGAUGACAGGAUGCAAUGAUCCCUUCCUCUCUCCCCAAGCGUAGGCUAGUUCUUUGUGCCCCGUGGGCUCCCGAGGCGAGGACAGAGCAUGGCAUGGUUUUUCCACGUCUUUGGCCUGCUGUAGCUUCCAGUUGACCUGUUCCAUAAAUGAGCAGUUUUUGUGAGGUUUGAAUAACUACAUUUGGCAGAACAGCGUUUCUUCUCCAUUGUCACGGUUGUGUGUUUGGUUUUCUUCUUCCAGAGUUUCCCUGGCUUCUGGGCUCCUGGAGACGCAGUGCCGGAGCAGAUGGAUAAUGGAGACUGGAGCUAUAUGAUGACUGACCCAGUCACGUUAAAUGUAGGCGGACACUUGUACACGACAUCUCUUACCACGUUGACGCGCUACCCGGAUUCUAUGCUUGGAGCUAUGUUUGGGGGUGACUUCCCCACAGCCAGAGACCCUCAGGGCAAUUACUUCAUCGACCGAGACGGACCGCUUUUCCGUUACGUCCUCAACUUCUUACGGACUUCAGAAUUGACACUCCCCCUGGACUUCAAGGAGUUUGAUCUGCUUCGGAAAGAGGCCGACUUCUACCAGAUCGAGCCCCUGAUUCAGUGUCUCAAUGACCCUAAGCCUUUGUAUCCUAUGGAUACUUUUGAAGAAGUUGUAGAGCUGUCCAGUACUCGGAAGCUUUCUAAAUACUCCAACCCCGUGGCCGUCAUCAUAACCCAGUUAACCAUCACCACCAAGGUCCAUUCCUUACUGGAAGGCAUCUCAAACUAUUUCACCAAGUGGAAUAAACACAUGAUGGAUACCAGAGACUGUCAGGUCUCUUUCACCUUUGGACCGUGCGAUUACCACCAGGAAGUCUCCCUUCGGGUCCACCUGAUGGAAUACAUUACGAAGCAAGGGUUCACGAUCCGCAAUACUCGGGUGCAUCACAUGAGCGAGCGGGCCAAUGAGAACACAGUAGAGCACAACUGGACUUUCUGUAGACUGGCCCGCAAGACAGACGACUGACUGGCAGCCAGCCCCCAGAGAACUUCCUGCAAGCUCCGUUUCGGGGCAUGGAAGAGACUUGUUGUUUAGUGUGGGCCCUCCUUUUUCCUUUUUUUUUUUUCCCCUCCAGUCUUUGUAUUUAUUUGAAGGCCCUGAGGACCAGAAGGAAGUUUUGUGUGUGAGCGCUCCCCUCCCUGUUUUGUUCCCAAGUAUGCAUGUGCCUGUUCCGAGUCUCUAGAAACCUUUUUUAUAAAAAAAAAAGAGAUCUGAAAAUCAUUAUGGUAUAUAAUCUACCCUUAACAGUGCUAAAAUGAUUUAUGAUAACGUGGUCCGUGACUCGACAGGAAGGCUAAAAAUACAGGAAUACAAGACUAAAGAGGGUGUUUAUGAUGUCUCUGUAGUUUCCAGACCAGGAGGCCGUAUUGCAGUAUUAAAGGAAGACUGGCCAGCCAUCUAAGGUACUCGUUAAGGACUGCUCUCUACAGUUUUGACAACUGUUUCUUUCUAUGCACAUAAAUCAAGCAACCAAAUAUCUGUAGCCAUGGAAAUGUCUGACUAGAAAUAUUUAUAUUGGAGUCUCAGUACAAAUGUCCCUGUGGUAGAAACCUUAUGCCUGCUACAGUUUCAUUCCCAAGGGUACUGCCUACCAGGAAAGAAAAUCUAAUAAAAAAAAAUGGAACAUGAACAUUAA